UUUUGAAUGCAAUUAUUGAUAGUAAAUAUUAUACAUCAAAUCCUGACGAAGCAUGCAUAUUUGUGCCUUCAAUUGAUAUGUUUCAUCCAUAUGGAGGACAUGUAUAUGUAUCACAUAUUAUAAAAGUACUUAAAUUAAUAUACUUGAUUGUAUCGACUCAAAUUAAUAUUAAUCCGCAUCUUGAUAACGAAUUAUUAGAAAUAAAUCAUCUAUUUCCGAAUGAAUUAUUAAUAUUACAAUCAUGUUCACAUUUCAAUAUGACGGACACAUUUUUCCGAUGUACAAAUCGUAGAAGUUUUAAAUAUCCUGAAAUUUUACAAACAGCUACAUUUUGUUUAGUUGUACGUGGUGAAAAAUUAGGACUGUCAGUGCUUUUAGAAUCAUUGGCAACUUGUUGUAUUCCUGUGAUAAUAUUUGAUUCUUUGGUGAUGCCAUUUGAUGAAGUAAUUGAUUGGUCAAGAGCUGCAGUAUUUAUUCGAGAAAUUGAUAUACAAUUAUCAGUAGAAAUUUUAAAAAAAUACUCGUUACAAAGAAUUAAAGAAUUGCAAAAUCAUGGCUCAUGGUUGUAUAAUAAAUAUUUUCAAUCGAUACAAUUAAUUACAGAGACUACAUUGGAUAUAAUUACAGAUAGAAUAUUUCCUAGUUCAGCAAAAAAUUAUUAUUUCUGGAAUGAACCUCGAAUUUUGGAAAUAAUAUCUCCUGUAUUUGUACCUGUAACAAUUCCAAAAAAUGAUGGAUUUACAGCAGUUAUUUUAACAUACGAUAGAAUUGAUUUAUUAUUUUUAUUAAUUCAUAGACUUUCAAAAGUUCCAAGUCUCAAUAAAGUUUUGAUUGUAUGGAAUAAUGAAAAAAAAAAACCACCGCAAAUUUCAAAAUGGCCAAAAAUUUAUAAACGUAUAAAAAUUAUACAAACAAAAAAAAAUAUACUGUCUAAUAGAUUUUAUCCCUUUGAUGAAAUAGAAACUGAAGCUGUUUUAUCAAUUGAUGAUGACAUAAUUAUGCUAACUGAAGAUGAAAUUGAAUUUGCUUUUGAGGUUUGGCGAGAAUUUCCUGACAGAAUAGUUGGAUUCCCAUCACGGACACAUACUUGGGAUAAUAAAACAGCUUGUUGGAAAUAUGAAAGCGAAUGGACAAAUCGUAUAUCUAUGGUUCUUACUGGAGCUGCAUUUUACCAUAAGUAUUGGAAUUAUAUUUAUACUACCAAAUUACCAGAAGUUAUUAAAGAGUGGGUAGAUAAACAUAUGAAUUGUGAAGAUAUCGCUAUGAAUUUUUUAAUUAGUAAUAUAACGAGGAAAGCUCCUAUUAAAGUUUCGGCUAAAAAAAAAUUUCGCUGUCCAGAGUGUGUAAAUACUGAAAUGUUGUCUGCAGAUCUAACGCACAUGGUAGAAAGAACGCAAUGCAUAAAUCAGUUUAUUAAAAUUUUUGGAUAUAUGCCGUUAAUAUCUGUAGAAUUCCGUGCUGAUCCUGUGCUAUUUAAAGAUAAUUUUCCAGAUAAAUUGAAACGUUUUAAUAAUAUUGGUAGCUUAUGAUUGAGUUACCUUAACAAUACACUAAGUUGAAUAUGUAUAUA